AAAGAAAUAUUAUAGUCAUCGACUAUAAAGAAGCAACCUAACCCUUCUAUUUUGACAAGCAAGAGGGUUGAGGCCACAAUUUCCGUUCAUAGUGGAAUUGGUCUACAAUAUGUUCAUCAGAGAACGAUUGCUUCAUUAAAGUGAAGUGACUCUUAUAUCUUCAUCAAACACGUCUUCCUUAUUGGAGCGAAGCGAAUGCUUACUAACUCAAGAUCAUGGAUCAGCUUUUUCUCGUCAUUGUCGUCAUUCUUUAUUUUCGUGUUGCAAUCUCAACAUUAGCAGGGAGGGUAGAGUAUCUUCCAGGCUUUCAAGGACCCCUCCCUUUUCAUUUGGAAACUGGUUAUAUAGGAGUGGACGAGAAUGAAGAUGUUCAACUGUUUUACUAUUUCAUACAGUCGGAGUCAAAUCCUAGGGAUGAUCCCCUCAUGCUAUGGAUCAGUGGCGGUCCCGGUUGUUCUUCUAUCACUGGCCUCCUCUAUUCAAUCGGUCCAAUAAAAUUUGUGGAAGUGAAUUACAAUGAAAGCUUGCCAACCUUGAUUUUGAGGCCAAAUUCGUGGACGAAGAUGGCAAGCAUAAUAUUUCUUGAUAUUCCUGUUGGUACGGGAUUCUCAUACGCAACAACGACUCGUGCCACUCAUUCUAAUGACCUUCAACUCGCUAAACACGCCUAUGAAUUUAUGAGAAAGUGGUUAAAAAGUCAUCCAGGGUUCGUUUCCAACCCUUUCUACAUUGGAGGAGACUCGUACUCUGGAAUACCAAUCCCUGCUAUCGCACAACUGAUAUCAAAUGGAAAUGACGUUGGCAACGAGCCUCGCAUCAAUAUGAAGGGUUAUGUGCUUGGUAACCCCAGGACCUUUCCAAAUGAGAAUAAUUUUGACAUUCGUUUUGCUAAUGGUAUGGGACUUAUUUCAGAUGAACUCUAUAAGUCGUUGCUCGAUAGCUGUCAUGGAGAGUAUCGAUCAGAAUAUAUAAGCGUCAACAAUGUAGCAUGUCGGAAAAAUCUUGAGUCAUACGAACAGUGCAUAGAUGGGAUAGAAAAACCCCAUAUUUUGGAACCAAAUUGUAGUGCUUCUACAUUGCCAAUCAAACUGCCAAGUGAAAUGCAAUUUGAAGAGCAACAACCUUUUUCUGGAUUCUACUGUCAAGAGGAUCUUAACAUUCUAAUGGAAUAUUGGGCUAAUGAUGCCAAUGUUAGAGAGGCUCUCCAUGUUCAGAAGGGAAGCAUAGGGCAUUGGGUAAGAUGUAGUUCGGAUUUACGUUUCACCAAAAUACUGGAGGAUGUUAGACCUUAUCAUCAAAAUCUCAGCAAAAAGGGUUUUCGGGCUCUCGUAUAUAGUGGUGAUCAUGAUAUGGUUAUUCCGUACCAAUCAACUCAUGCAUGGAUAAAAGAUCUGAACUACACAGUCACUGAUCGAUGGCGAUCCUGGAAGCUUCGCGGUCAAAUUGCUGGGUACACAGAGAGUUAUUCCAAUAUGAUGACAUACGCUACUGUGAAGGGUGGUGGGCAUGUUGCCCCUGAGUCUAAGCCUGAAGAAAGCUUUGCGAUGUUUAAG